UCUAACGUCUGUGUUGUUUGUGAACCUCGAUGGCAGAAGCGCGGAGGCAACAUGACACCGAGGGGGAGCGCAGGGAUCUGCGGGGAGCGAGGAGCAGGAACCAGGCAACAGAUCAGCCUGAAAGAACCAAACGGGAGCAUUUACACCACAGUCAAGGGCCUCUGUCGUCUCUACGAGCUGCGAUCAAACGAACCAGAAGCAACUCUCAGUGUGAACAUUACAGAGACAGAAGACGACCAGAGAUCACCAUCGUCUCAGCAGAACCUCUGGGCAGUAACAGCUGGUUUUCCGGACCCUCUGUGGUUUUCCCCUCUCUUCCUCAACCCAGCUGGUCUUCACAUGUCCAGACUGUCUCCCAGCCUCCACCAUCCUAUGACCAGGUGAUUCAAGAGAAGACACAGGAAAAGCCCACUGCUGCUCCUCGGCAGACCACCGUCAUCUCCACAAGUGCCACACAGACCGACCCUGAGAGGGGAAGCACCACCACCACCACCACCACCACUUUCCCACAGUCAGCUGGGAAAACAUCUGCUGGUAAAAAACCACAAAAACCACCAAGACCAUCCCUGCCCAGACCGGCAGACACAGAGACACUGAGUCCAAGUGUUUCACCUCCUGAUAAGACCGUGAGGACAGACACCACAGUAUCCACACACACCGAGGACCGAAGUGGAUCUAAUGUAACACCAGAGCAACCCAGACGAGCAGAUCCCACUCCAACGUGCAGCAGAUCUGUUACUGUCCGCUGGGACUUUCCAGUCAAUCAUCUCUCUGCACCUGAAACCACUCCCUCUUUACACUCAGAACCUCAGCCACGCCCCGUGCCACUUCCUCGUAGGAAAUACCAAAAGCAUGCAAUAGUAGAGGAGGUCAGAGUUCAGUCUUUGGUGAGUCUCAGUGAAGGUUGUGACCCUGUUCACACCGAUCCAGAGUAUGAAUCCUCAAAUACGUAUUUAAAGGAGUUAUUAGAGGUUUUCAGUGCCAACAACACGUGUGAGGAGAGACGCCACAUUGUCGACCAAUCCGACGAGGACUUCCGAAGUGAAGAUGCUGUUGGCGAGAUGAACACCAGCAGUCAUCGUAAUAUCCAGGCCAGGAUCCAGGCCUUUGAGAGCCAGGCCUGCACCGAGGAGGAAAAUGCAGUGGAACCAGUCAGACCAGAACCCCGACCAAGGAAGGCCACUGUCAAACCUCCAGUCGCUGCUAAACCACCCGUGGCUCUUAAACCUCCGUUUAACCAAAGUGCUGAUGACGACAGUCAAAAUGUCACCUACAUAAAUGUAGGAAACCACACACCGGUCGCGAGGCCUCAGCCCCCGAGGAAACCUGUGGGAAUGUCUAUAAAAGAGGAACUCGAGACUUUACACAGCAAAGGGGCCGUUCCACAGCGGUCACGUCCUCCUGGUUUGAUCAGAGCCAACAGCGUUUAUGAAGAAGAACCUUCACCACUCCCUCCUGUACCUCCAGUGAAGCCUCCUAAAGAGCCACUCAAACCCAACCUGAACAUUAACAACCACAACUCGGCGUCCAUGUUCAACGAGAACGAGUACGAGAACGCUCUUGUGCACCACAUGCCGGUCGAGCCCGAGAGUAACGUGGACACCAAUGGAGCCUCCUUCCCCAGCCAAAGUGUGACGAGGAGGCCGACCACCAUCAGAGUCCCCAGCAGAGCCGUUUCAUUCUCGAAUCAUCAUCAGGACACGGCUCCUCCCCUUCCUGUUCAGAAGCCUGUGGGCUCCCUGAAAACCUCAGCGCCCCUCAGGCAAAGCUCGAUGCCCAUCCUUCCUCCCCAGUUUGGACCCGAGCCAUCGCUUCCACCUCGGAGACAAAGCACCACCAAAACCCUCCCACCUCGUCCUCCUCCAGCCAAACCAGGUCCGGGAAGACCUCCUCCUCCCAGCCUUCAGGCUGCAGGCCAAUCUGUUUCAGUGCCAUGGGAGGUUUCACCUAAACCCCAGAAACAGACGUCCCGCAGGAAGCGACCCGUCUUACCUCCGAGACCCAGCCCAGGCCAUCGUCUCUACAACAAAUACACUCUUGAACUUCCUCAUGGAAUUGCAGCCCUCGACUACAAAGGCAGCAGCACAGGAGAGCUGUCGUUUCAGAAAAACGAAGUGCUUCUUCUGGUAGAGGAGACUGACCAGAAUAUGUUUGAAUGCCAAAUUGGAGACCUCAAAGGCAGAGUCCACAAGUCUCGCAUGAAGGUCAUAACUCCUCUUGCCUCCGAUAUGUCUGCAACGCAGGGUCCUGGACCAAGUGCUUCAGAUGGAGGCAGCAGUGGGCAAAGGAUGCAGGUUAUUUAUGACUUCAGCCCAGAGGGUCCAGGAGAGCUGGGUCUGAAAGCAGGAGACAUUGUGACCAUGGUGGAGCCGGUGGACAGUGAGUGGUGCAGAGGCACUUGUCGCGGAUCUAGCGGGUUCUUUCCUGUCAAUUACGUCAAAGUCUUGUCAGAGUCAACAAAGCCCCUGCCUGAACGGAAACCGAAGCCUCCGUCUGCAGCAGUCAGCGGUCCACGCUGUAAGGCGAGGUUUGACUUUGAGAGCGAGCACAGUGAUGAGCUGUCUUUCACCGAGGGCGACGUGAUCAAGCUGAAGGAGUACUGUGGACAGGACUGGGCUCGGGGACAGAUUGGCGCCAUAUCUGGAAUUUUCCCUCUUAACUUUGUGGAGAUCAUUGAAGAUCUGCCUCCACCUCCAGGUCCGCAGCAGCAGCAGCAGCAGCAGCAGCAGCAGCAGCAGCAGCAGCAGCAGCCGCAGCAGCCGCAUCCAAAGGGCAUAGCACUGCCUGGCAUGGUGCCUUCUUCGACUGCAAAAACGGAGUUUGCCAAACCCUCUAAGGUGUCUCAGUCCAGUGUGGACUGGGCGGUGGCUCGGUACGACUAUGCUGGGAAGUCGGACGAUGACUUGUCCUUUCAGGAGGGCGACCGUAUCCUGGUGACCCAGCGUCUUAAUGCUGAAUGGAGCCGUGGCAGACUCAACGGCAGAGAAGGAAUGUUCCCCGCAGCUUUUGUUGAGAGCAGCACAGCAGGUCAGCAGUCAUCGACUUUACAGCAGAAUGCAGCUGCACCAAGUGGUGACAGAGGCAGGGCUUUAUAUGACUUUACAUCAGACUGCGAUGAAGAGCUCUCUCUGCAGUUUGGGGAUAUUAUAACCAACCUGGAGUCUUUAGAUGAAGAAUGGUUCAUGGGCGAUUUAAGAGGGAAACGGGCCCUGGUCCCGAAAAACUAUUUGCAAAUACUCUGAUCGUUACAAAGGAGGCUUCAAGGACAAAGACCACAUAGGAAGACACUUGGUGGACAUCUUCAAUUGACUGCCUUUGACUAAACUGCACAAUUUUUUCAAUUGAGCAUCAUUUAACCUAGAGCAUUGACUUAAUGAAAAGCUUACUGAAUAACUUAAGUUACAACUGGUUGUAAAUAGUGUGGAUUUGGCUUUAAAAUCAUUGUUUUAACAUUUGCACCAUCUAGUGGUUGUUGCCUUCAUUUCCUUACUUCUACAGUACAAGCACCUACAUUGUACAAAUACUUAAGCUGUUUUGUAACUGCUCUAAUUAUAUGUAAAUAAUAAAUAAAAGAUUGAAGUUGCAAA